AUGUCUGACGAGGACCACGACUUCUCCCAUCAGGGCGGCGGUGACAACGCGUCCAAGACGUACCCCCUGGCUGCUGGUGCCUUGAAGAAGGGUGGAUACGUGUGCAUCAACGGCCGUCCGUGUAAGGUGAUUGAUCUGUCCGUGUCCAAGACCGGCAAGCAUGGUCAUGCUAAGGUGAGCAUUGUUGCGACCGACAUCUUCACUGGCAACCGCCUCGAGGAUCAGGCUCCAUCCACGCAUAACGUGGAGGUGCCGUUUGUGAAGACCUACACCUACAGCGUGCUGGACAUUCAAGCCAACGAGGAUCCCUCUCUUCCAGCCCACCUCUCUUUGAUGGACGAUGAGGGUGAGAGCCGUGAAGACCUUGACAUGCCUCCAGAUCCAGCCCUGGCGACCCAGAUCAAGGAACAGUUUGACUCCGGCAAGGAGGUGCUAGUCGUGGUUGUUUCUGCGAUGGGCACUGAGCAGGUGCUGCAGACGAAGAAUGCCGCGGAGAAGUAG